UCCACAUCUGGUUUAAACCCUUUUCAAUUUCUAAAAUUUCUUACUUCCUCAACCAAACACGAUCUCUCCUUCUUUUUUUUCCGGUGAAACUCUCACCGUCGUGUCAUUUUCCUCGACCGCACUCCAUCCGUUCCUGCCAUUUUCGGCUACGGUGCAAUGUUCACUCCCCAGAAAAAGGUGUGGCCGAAUGUCACUGGGUCUUUCACGCUGCACCGAGGCGGUGUUGCGAUGGGUUCCGCCUCUGCAAAGGAAAAGGCAGUCGCCGACGGUCCGCCGCCGCCGCCUUUGGGGUCUCUGACCGAAACCACCGUAGCGGUGGGAUUCGACACGGGUAACGCAGAGGACUGGAGGCGGUUCACGGAGUUAGGGUUGUUGGAUGAAAGUGUGAUGCAGAGGAAGGACCAUGAAGCACUCCUGGAGAAGGUCUCCAGGCUCGAAAGAGAGCUUUUUGACUACCAGUACAACAUGGGCCUGCUAUUGAUGGAGAAGAAAGAAUGGAAUUCAAAGUUUGACCAGCUGAGACAAGAACUGGCUGAAACUGAGGAGAUUCUAAAACGAGAACAGUCAGCACAUUUAUUUGCCUUGUUUGAAGUUGAGAAGCGGGAGGAGAAUUUGAGGAAAGCAUUGAGCACAGAGAGGCAAUGUGGGGCUGAUCUUGAGAGAGCUCUGCGUGCAAUGCAAGAAGAGCAUGCCCAAGUCAAGUCUAACUCCCAUACAAAGCUAGCUGAAGCUAGUGCGUUGGUUGAUGGAAUUGAAGAAAAGUCUUCAGUGGUUGACAAGAAACUGCUUGAUGCAGAGGCUAAGCUGGCUGAGGUGAACAGAAAAAAUGCAGAGCUGGAUAUGAAAUUGCAAGAGGUCGAGGCUCGUGAAAGUUUGCUUCUAAAGGAGCGUUUGUCUUUAGCUACUGAUCGAGAAUCAUUUGAUGCAACAUUCUAUAAAGAAAGGGAAGAUUUAAAGGAGUGGGAAAGGAAGCUACAGCAAAGAGAAAAUAUGCUAUCCAGUGGUUGGCAAAAUAUCAGUGAGAAAGAAAAGAAGAUAGUUGAAACCGAGAAGAACCUUAAACAGAAAGAAAGAGACCUGGAAGUGUUGGAGAAAAAGGUUAAUUCAUCUAGUUCUUUAUUGAAGGAAAAGGAAGCUGAGAUUAUUAGAAGAAUAGCCAAUAUAAACGUGGAAGAGAAGAAAGUGGAUUCUUUGAAGAGCACGCUGGAGAUGAAAGAGAAAGAAUUGUUUGCAUUGGAAUCAAAACUUAAUUCUAGAGAAAGAGAGGGGAUCCAGAAGGUCCUUGGUGAACAAAAGGCUACACUGGAUUUGCAGUUGCAGCAGGUUGAUUUUGAAAUGGAACACAAGCGGAAAUCCCUUCUUGAGGAGUUUAGCAGCAAGGAGGAAGCCUUGGAGCAGAGGGAGGCUGAAGUCAACCAUAGGGGAAAAAAGGUUGAAAAAGAAGAGCAAGCCUUGAGUAAGAAGGCUGAGAGAAUAAAAGAACAAAGUAAGGAGAUUGAAGCAAAAUUGAAAUCUUUAAAGGAGAAAGAAAAGACUCUGAAAAUCAAGGAGAAAGAGUUGGAGAAGGAAAACCAACAAUUGGUUGCUGAUCGGGAGACCCUGGAGAAUUUAAAUGCUGAACUUCAGAGGAUAAAAGCUGAGAUUUCUCUGCAGGAGCUGCAAAUACAACAAGAGACUGAGAAUUUGAAGCUUGCUGAGGAUGAUAGGUUAGAGAAUUCUCGAUUGCGAUUGGAAUUGAAACAGGAGAUAGAGCAUACCAGAUUGCAGAAGGACUCUCUUGUGAAGGAAGCUGAAAACUUAAGGGAGGAGAGAGAGAGGUUUGAGAAAGAGUGGGAAGUACUAGAUGAAAAGAGAGAAGAAAUUACUAGGAAGCAGCAUGAUAUUGAUGUGGAGAAAGAAAGUUUAAGAAAAUUUCAGCACAGUGAAGAAGAAAGAUUGAAAAGCGAGAAACAAAGUAUGCAAGAACAAAGAAAGAAGGAGCUGGAGAAGCUUGAAUUGGAGAAGGAAUCAUUUAGAGAUUCAAUGAAUCAAGAGAAACACCUGUUGUCUGAAAAGGUGAAAAAUGAACAGGCUAAAAUGCUUCAAGAUUUUGAAUCAAAGAUGAGGAAUCUUGAGAAUGAAAUCCAGAAAAGACAGGAAGAAAUGGAGGAAGAUUUGCAGGAAAGAGAGAGAAAUUUUCAGGAGAAAAUGCAAAGAGAACUUGACAAUAUUAACAUAUUGAAGAAUCUUUCUGAGAGAGAAUGGGAAGAAGCAAAGGCUGAGGGGAUUAGAUUAGAAAAUGAAAGGAAGGAACUUGAAUUGAACAAGCAGCAAUUUCAGUCAGGCCAACUUGAGAUGCGUGAAGAUUCUGAAAUGCUUAUGAAUCUCAGUCAGAAAGUUAAGAAAGAACGUCAACGGCUUGUGGCUGAAAGAAAAAAUUUUCUUGAACUUGUUGAGAAUUUGAAGAAUUGCAAGGUCUGUGGUGAAUUUGUUGGGAACUUUGUUUUAUCUGAUACUAAACUAUCUGACUUGAAGGAAAGUGUGGCCAUUCCUUUGCCUAUUUCCCCUGUUCUGAAUUAUAAGUCUCCUGACUCCCAGGACAUUGUAGCUACAUCUGACAUUGACAAUUCUGGAUCUGUAAGACCUGUGUCUUGGUUCCACAAAUGCACAUCCAAGUUUUUCAAACUGUCCCCAACUAAAAGAGCUGAAGCUAUUAGUGCUUCAGACAUGGCUGGGACAUCACCCUCAGAUGUGAAUGAUGGUGUAGACAAAGCAGAUGAGCCUGCAUCUCUUCCUAAUAUAGAAGGAGCUAGAGUUAGUCUUGAUGAACGUCAACCAGCAGUUGGGAUGGCAUAUCACUCUCUAGAUACACCACACCUCCAAUCUGAUAACAUUGAUAAAGAGGUUGGGGAUGAACACUCCCUAUCCAUAGGUGAGCACAGCAGGGUUGAUAGUGUGGUUGAUGGAGAUCGAGAUGAUUCUCAACAGUCUGUUCCAAAGCUUCACAGGGCCAGACCUGGGAGGAAAAGCAAAUCUGGAAUUGCUAGAACACGCUCAGUGAAGGCUGUUGUUGAAGAGGCCAGAGAGUUUCUAGCCAAAGAAAACAGUCCAGAAGACUCCAGUCGCAUUGAGAAAGCCAACACUGGAAGGAAGCGUCAACGGGCACAAACUUCUAGAGUUACAGAAAGUGAACAGACUGCUGGUGAUAGUGAAGGGCAAUCAGAGAGUAUUACAGCUGGUGGACGCAGGAAGAAGAGGCAAACAGUUGCUCCGCCAGCUCAUGUUACUGGGGAGAAACGAUACAAUCUUAGGCAGCACAAGACUGCGGGCAAAGGUUCAUCAAAACAGGCCUUACGAAAUGCAACAAGAAGUGUGGGGAAAGAGGCUGUGGUGGAGGGGCAGAUGAGACCCGAAGUUGUUGAAACCUCAUUAGCAGCUGAUGACAAUGUACAAGUACAAGACAAAAGCAUGGUGCAGGUCACAACAACAAAAACUGUGGAGGUCUCAGAUGAAAGAGUUGUUAGGUUUGAAGUACCAAGAGAUAUUGUUGAUGACAAUGGUGCUGCAGAGGAAAAUGGUACAUCAGAAUAUCGAGACGAAGAUGGAAGCACAAUCCAUGAUGUUGAAAAUGAUGAUGAUGAUUACGAAGAUGAGGAUGAGGAACAUCUGGGUGAGGUGUCCACCGUAAAGAAGAUCUUCAGAUUUUUUACAACGUGAUAUAUUUUAUUUAUAUCACAUUAGAUAUACAAAUGUUAUGAUUCCUUAUUUAGGAGAUUAGGCAUGUAAUAUUAGAUUGGAGUAUCAUCCAUGUUUGUUUGGCAGCGGAGAAGCAUUGUUCUGCUGCCUGUGUUCUCAAUAACUGUUUUCUUGCAAAAAUGGAUUUUGCUGCUAAGGAAGUCAAUGCUUUCCAGAAAUUAACUAAAUGGGUAAUCCAUUUUUACUGUCUA